AUGUCCUCCUCAGCGUCGUCGUCUGCGACGUCGACGUCCUCAGCAUCCGCCUCAGCAACCUCCUCCUCAAGCACUCUCCAAGCACCCGCAAGUCUCAAGAUCGUCGGUAUCAUCCUCGCUAUACUCAGCGGCCUCCUCAUAGGCACCAGUUUUGUAUUCAAGAAAAAGGGACUACUCAGCUCGCAGGCCGGGCAUGUUGCAGGCGAGGGUGUUGCCUACCUCAAAUCAUGGCUAUGGUGGACGGGAAUGAUAAUGAUGAUAGCAGGCGAACUAUGUAACUUCGCAGCAUAUGCUUUCAUCGAAGCUCUCGUGGUCACCCCCCUCGGAGCAAUCUCCGUAGUCGUAUCGGCCAUGCUUUCCUCCCUUAUUCUCAAAGAGAAAUUGACAUUCUUUGGCUGGCUCGGCUGCGGUCUCUGCAUUAUUGGAUCCACGGUCAUUGCCCUUAAUGGUCCCCAGGAGGCUUCCGUAGGCCAAAUCACAGAGUUUGAAAAGCUGUUUAUUGCCCCGGGCUUCCUGGUCUACAUCAGCGUCCUCUUCGCCAUCUCCUUCUCCAUCAUGUUCUACUUCGGCCCCAAGCAUGGAUCCAAGAAUAUGAUCUGGUACAUCUCCGUCUGCAGUAUGAUCGGUGGUAUCAGUGUCAGUGUCACAACUGGGCUGGGUUCCGCCAUCGUCACCACCGCUCUAGGCGACAAUCAGUUCAAGCACUGGUUCAUGUACUUUUUGCUGGUUUUCGUGGCCGUGACGCUAGUCACGGAGGUAUUUUAUCUCAACAAAGCACUGGCUUUGUUCAACACCGCUAUGCUGAACACUUCUCCAGUCACACCCACGUACUACGUCAUUUUUACGUUCUGUUCAAUGGUCACCACGGUGGUUCUCUUCCAAGGCCUCAAGUCUAGCGCGUCUCAGAUUAUCACUAUCGUCAUGGGUUUCGCAACGAUUUGCGUCGGCAUCACGAUCCUCCAGAUGUCCAAAGUUGAUCCCACAGAACUCAAGACGCUCGACCGGCGCUCGACCAUUCUCCUCCAGGCUGCACGACACAACACCGAAGCCAUGGACGAAAAGUCCGUCAUUGGGAUGGAAGAUCCGGGCAUCGACACGUUACGGGGUUCGUUCGGUACGAUGGGAAGCAUUAUACGUGCACGGAGCGCGAGGAGGAUGAGUCAGAAUUCGAGACUGUCGGGGACGCCUUCUUCACCCAUACAGGAUCAAUACUCUGGAAUGAAACGCCAUCAGCUAUGGGACGCUCCCGUGCCACGGUCGAAUUCCUUCCAACUCGCCGGACGUGCUGGGUCCGAUCCAGAUUUGGAGAGGAUGUCGACGACGAGUAGUACGCCCCGAGACCGGAAGCAGACGAUCAAGUUUGGGGAUCAGGACGUCGUGCAUCAGUAUCGACCGACUGGACAAGGCGGAAACACUAUCGACGACGCGGCCACUCACGAACACCGACUGGCACACCAUGGACUCAGUUCGCCGCCUUUACCGCCUUUGCCUGACAGUGCGGCGCGCGACCGGUCCAUAUCCAGUUUGAUUGAGGGGGGGAGUCCGAACGCGAGCGGGUCGAAUGUCGCGCUUUAUGCGCCGAGCGAUGCGGAUCCGCCACUGAGGACUGCGCCUGCGAAUCUGGGACCGGGAGCGCCUUAUGGGCAGUAUUCGGAUCCGUUCUCGUCAACGGCGUCGAAUUUGAGUUCGUACCCUAGUUCGAGCAUGGACGACGAUGAACGUGAACGGGCGCAUUCGCAUCGACGGUUAUUUGAGAGGGGUUCGACUUCGUCUUCGCGUCGGGACUCGAGUAGGGGCGUGAAGAAUUAUCCGAAGAUACGGGGUUCUGAGGAGGAGGAAGAGAGGCAGAGGUUGGUGGGGGUGAAGAGCGAUGAUGAGGAUGAGUUCACGGGUGGAGUGAGUCCGGCAGAUACUCUGGACAGUCAGGCUACGAUAGGGGGCCAGGAGGCGAUGAGUCCUGAGAUUCAGCACAUGGGGAUUCGGUUAGUGGAUAGGGGGACAGGGAGCAGGUUCUAA